AUGAACGACACGAGGAACGAUCAGGAGCCGAUUUCUGUUGAACGAACGAAGCAGGAGAAUUUGGAUACGAUUGAGACGACUGUUGUUGAGGAUGUUGUUGAUUAUUACCCGAUUGUUGUUGAAUAUUAUCGGAUUGUUGUUCUUGAUUAUUUCCAGAUUGUUGUUGAAGCUCGGUCAAACUCAACAACAAUGAUGAACGGUGAAGAUCCAUUAAAUCGAAUAAACUUACAAGCAUUACAAAAUCGUGAUCCUUACAUAAUAAGAAUUCUGGAUCAAGCACAGCGUGUUUGUGUUUUUAAAUUUUUGCCUGAUAAACAACAAUGGGAAAGAAAAGAUAUUGAAGGAACAUUAUUUGUUUAUGAAAGAAAUUGUGAACCGUACAAUGGCUUUGCCAUACACAGUACAGUGUCAAUGGAUACAUUUAUACAAAUAUUGAAACCAGCUAUGGAAUUCGAACAACGUGGCGAAUGUUUUUUGCAAUACAAAGCCGAUGUUGCUGCUUAUGCUAAGGAACGAGCUUCUAAAAAAUUACAACAACCACAACAAACAUCGAAACAAUUGCCAUCAUUAGUCAAUAAUCAUUUAAUCGAUCAGCAGUCACUACGCCAGUUAUUACCGUCCAAUGAUCAACAAAAAGCAAUUGAUGAUAUUCCUUCGUCCGCUUCUUCGUCUUCGUCUUCAUCUACAAAUGGAAACGAUCGAAAUGUCGAUAUUUUUAAAAUGUUGGUUGGAGCUCAAGAAAAAUUUCAUGACUAUAAACGGCAACAAUCAGUUACCACUCCAGAUACGCCAAAUAAAGUUGUACUAUUAACAACAACGACACGUACGUCUACCACGAACAGUGGUGGUAACAGUUAUAACCCAAAACCAGUACUUCAAAAACUUUUAUCUACUCCCUCGGUGGUCACAACAAUAACGGAGAAUACUAAAACUCAACAGACAAAUCCAUUUGCUUCAUUUCACCGUGCAGAUACAAUACCUACAACAACAGCCAUCACUACAUCUCCGACUCCAGUAUCCUCAGUCAAUCAACCACCAACACCGAAUUCAGCAAUCCCACUCUGCCUGGCACGUUUGUUUUCUAAAGAUGCAACAGUUACAACACCAAAUAAUGAUGAACUUGAAAAUGAGUUAAAAAAAACAUUGGGAAUACCAACAAAACCCCCUAUGAGUGUUCAAGAUCUAGAGCGUCAGUUGUUAAAUAAUACAACAGCAACAACGAUGACGACUUCAACUUCUAAUACAGUUGUUUCCUCUUACACUCAAAAUGAAAAAUUUUCACCUGCAUCAAAUUCAUUAGUUUCAUCUGAUACAGUACACACUAUUAGCGGUGCAUCAGAUAUAAAAGAUAUUAAACCUUCGACUAUUUCAUCUGAAGGUUCAAUAUCAACGCCACCACUCUCUCUUUCACCAAGAUUCUUAAUGAGUCCACAUCAUACAAACAGCGAAUUAUUUGAAAAUAAAACACUAACCACAGCCAAUACUGAAUGGACACCAUCACACUCCAGGGAUCCACCAUCUUUUGAGUCAAAUGGUGGUAAUCGAUUAAUGACGCCAGCUGAUUUUGUCGAUACUAAUAAACUUUUAUUUUCCGCCAUGACACUUAAGAAUACGGUACAACAAUGUUGUCGAUGUCAAACACAGAAUAUACCUCAAAUAUCAAAAGAUCAUUUAAAACAACUACUUGUUAAAAUGUUACAGACGGAUGAAGAUUUUUUGGCAUGUCUGUAUAACGCCUAUAUUGAACAGCGAAAGUCAUCAUCAAGCAGAGUUCACUAG